CAGUUAGAAAUGAAAAAGUUCAUAGCUCUACUAUGGCUGAAUCUUAUCUUUAUUUGUGAUGCUGCAAAUCUCGAUCCUAAAGUAGAUGCCAGUCAAAUGCAUCAUACCAAAGACGGAGAGGAAACUCCUCAUACACACGUGCAUAUCAAUAUCGACGAUGAUGACGACGAUGACCUUGAGCAUUUGGGAGGUCAUGACGUCACUUGGGAUUCGCUGAGUCCAGAGCAGAAAAAUGUCGCUAUUGUGAAGUUCUUCAAAAACUUGGACACAAACGGAGAUUCUUUCGUUUCGAAAGAGGAAUUGAGAGACGAGAUAGCGAAAGUGAUGGAAGAGGAAAAUGUAGAUAUGGCUAAUAAAGAUUUUGAAGAUGCUGAUGAAAACAGAGAUGGGAAAAUUUCCUUGGAAGAGUAUUUUGAAACAGCCGGGCACGACGAAGAAGAUGACGAGGAAACUAAAAUGGACAAGUUUCGAUUCAAGCUAGCCGACAAAGAUUCCUCUGGGUUCCUGGACGAAGAUGAGUUCAAAGCGUUCAUGUAUCCCUACGAGUACCCGCACAUGAGGGAGUUUCUCAUUAUGGAAGUAAUGGAUGAAAACGAUGCCGACUCUAAUAGAGAGUUAUCCAAAGAUGAGUUUUUCAAAAUCUCAACUGAAUUUGAUGAUUUCGACGAGGAUGAAGAAUCCUUCAACGCCGCGGACGCAGAUCACAAUGGAAGUUUGAACGAAGAUGAAUUGUAUGAGCUGUUGUCCAAAUCGGGAGAACGACUGGCUGAUACGGAACUCGAAUGGCUGGUUAGCCAGAUCUCUUCACCACGUGUUUCUGGAAAAUGGAACCAGGAAGAAAUAGCCGACAACAUUAUACAUUUCGUGGACUCGAAUUUUGAAGCCAAGUUGUUGAAGUACCACAUGGAGCUUUAAAUGAAAUGUACAGUGACCAAAUUAGCUAUUUACAAUCAUUUAUACUCGAAACCCUUUGAAAGGGAGAACCCAUAUUUUCGUUUUCCGAAAUAUUUGAAUAAUUUGAAGCAGUAUGUAAAUAUAAUAUUUGAUUGCAAGACAUCAUGUUGUCAUCAAUAAGAUAUAGCUAGUCGGAAUAAGUUUUAUAUGCGAUUUUCAACCAAUUAUUUUGAGUUAUACAAGAUUUUAUUAUUAGUUUUAUUUCGUGUUUUUGAAUACAUAAUUUACUUACUG